AAAUUUUCUUGAUAUUGCUUUAAAACGUUCUGGAUAGUGACACGUGUCAAAAUAUCUCAUUUCUUCCUCACCUCCUAAUUUUCUUCCUCCCUCUAAUUGGCCACUGUUUGGCUUAAGGGUCUUCUCCACGUCUACCACACAGUGACGAUAAUGGCGGCCGUAUCGCUAAUUUCCCCCACGCUCUGCUGCUACUCCUCGUUCCGGGAUGUUCGUUUGUCCGGUGCCGCCAAAAUUGCUUCAUCUUCUCGCAGUUUAAGAACUCUGUUUGCCACUGGGUCUCCUCUCCUGAUUGAUAGACCCAUUUACCAGAAAAAAACUGCUCGCUACUCAAAAUUAGUUUCCAUAAGAUGUGAACAGAGCAGCAAGAAAGGGAAUGGUUUGGAUAUAUGGCUUGGUCGGCUGGCUAUGAUUGGUUUUGCUGCCGCCAUUAGUGUUGAAAUUGGGACAGGCAAAGGACUCCUGGAGAAUUUUGGUUUCACAUCACCUUUGCCAACAGUGGCCUUGGCGGUAACAGCAUUGGUGGGAGUGUUAACUGCAGUCUUUAUCUUCCAAUCUGCAUCCAAGAACUGAUCCUUUUUGUUAUCUUUGUGUGUGGUGUUGUACAACUACUUCAUGUUUAUCUUUAUAUUUUCUAUUUUCCAAAACAAUGUUUGAUCAUAUUGACAGUGAUGAUCAAAGAAGCUCUUGCUGCUUUAAUCUUUUAUUCCACUAUUCUCCAAAUCCUAUUUCAUUGUAAUACCAAAAUUAUGCUUGUGAGAUAGAAGGUAUUAUAUACACACUUUCCAUUUGCUAGUCUAUGCACACUCGUAAUUUGCAUAGUUUAAAUCGACAAAUCCACGAGGCCACUCAAUAGUCAACACAUGCGUUUGUCUCUAUGUCUAAUGAAUAAGUGCAAUCUGAAACACCACCACAGCUCAGUAUCUCUCUGACAGGGGACAAUCUUUGGCGGUUUAGGUAUCCUAUUACAAACCCGAAACGCUUAACCACAGCCCAUUGAGUGACACCAAACUGUGGAUAAUUCUGGAUGAUAACUAUAUAUUUUCAACCAAGAAAAAGGUCAAGGUUUAGAAC